CCCGCGCCGGGAGCGUGUCUGGUGUGCGUGCGCGAGUGACGUGAUUUGAGGCGUGCUGUGAUCCGGUGCUGGGCCGCCCCUUCGCCCUGAGGAGCAGCAGCUGGAAGCAAGGAUUGCUAUCAGCAGACCUCUCUGCGCCGCCUGUCGUUCGUGAUGGCGCGUGAGACGUUCGUCCGGUACCGCACGCUGCUGCUGCUGGCCGUGGUGGCCGUGCUGAGCUGUGUCGUGGUCGGCCUGCUGGUGGCGCUGCUGGCUCCCAGCCGUCAGUCGGAGCCGCUGACGCAGCAGCAGGCGCAGCCGGAGCCGGAGCCGGAGCCGGAGCCCUACCCGGAGCCGGAACCGACGGCGGGCAAGACCGCCGGAAAGGCGAGCCCGGCCGAGAAGCCGGCGGAAAAGAAGCAGCCGAAGGAACCCUGGGAGCGUGACUACCGGAUCCCGUCCAGCACGUACGCGCUGCACUACGACCUGCACCUGCACCCGGACAUGGAGACCGGCUUGUUCUCCGGCCAGGUGGACAUCCUGAUCAGGGUGACAGAUGAGCGUGACUUCUUAGUCACUCACGCCAAGUUCCUCAACAUCACCAAGACAAAGCUGACCCGGGGAGACGGCACAGAGGUGACCGUGAAGCGGGCCUUCGAGUACGAGCCCAACGAGUUCUGGGUGGUGCAGCUGGAGCAGUCGGUGGUGCCGGCCAACUACACGCUGGAGUUGCAGUUCCGCGGCAACCUCACCCGCUCCAUCGUCGGCAUGUACCGCAGCGUCUACACCAACGAGCAGACCGGCCAGAAACGAUUUAUCGCCACGUCCAAGUUCCAGCCGACCUUUGCUCGGCGCGCGUUCCCGUGCUUUGAUGAGCCGAGCUUCAAGUCGACCUUCACUACGACCCUGGUGCGGCCCAGCGGCGACGGCUACAUCGCCCUCUCCAAUAUGCCAGUCCAGAGAGAAGAAGAAAACGUGCCGUCGCAGGGCCUGACCAAGGUCCACUUCCAAAAGUCGGUGCCCAUGGUUACCUAUCUGGCGUGUUUCAUCGUCUGCGACUUUCCGUACCAAGAGCGUCAAACGGAGCACGGGGUGGUGUUCCGCGUGUAUGCCGCGCCGGAUCGUGUAGACUCCACCAAGUACGCGGCCGACAUCGGCGCCAACAUCACUGGCUUCUUCGAGGACUACUUCGGCGUGCAGUACCCGCUGCCGAAGCAAGACAUGAUCGCCAUCCCGGACUUCGUGUCGGGCGCUAUGGAACACUGGGGGCUGAUCACGUACAGGGAGACGAACCUUCUGUACAGUCCCAGCACCAGCUCGUCGUAUAACCACCAGCGGAUCGCAGCGGUGGUAUCGCACGAGCUGGCGCACCAGUGGUUCGGCAACCUGGUGACGCUCAACUGGUGGGACGAUCUCUGGCUCAACGAGGGCUUCGCCAGCUACAUCGAGUACAAGGGCAUCGCCCAGUACCACCCCGACUGGGACGUGGAGGCCCAGAUGCUGCCGGACGAUCUGCAGCGGGUGAUGGUGCUGGACGCCUCGCUCAGCUCCCACCCGAUUGUGCAGCCGGUCGACACGCCCGACCAGAUCACCUCCAUCUUCGACGUCAUCUCCUACGCGAAGGGCGCCUCCGUGCUGCGGAUGCUGGAGGGAUUCAUGGGUGACGAGGAGUUCAGGCAGGGAAUCUCCAACUUCCUUAGAAGGUUCUCCUACAAGAACGCCGUUACUCAGGACCUGUGGAACGAGCUGAGCCAGGUGUCAUCCAACCAGCUGCCCAUCACUAAGAUCAUGAACACCUGGACCCGACAAAUGGGAUUCCCCGUGCUGGACCUGAAGAAAAAUAGUGAUGGGUCGGCGUACAUUAUGACGCAGCAGCGCUUCCUGGCCGAUAAAGAUGCCGUGGACAAAACAGAAAGCCCGUACAAUUAUCGAUGGGAGAUUCCAGUCACGUACUUCACGUCGAGCGAGUCGAUGCCCAAACAAGUCUGGUUCCACAUGGAGGACACGAGUAUCGAGGUCCCGGUCGACAACGCCGCCGACUGGGUCAAGGUCAACGCGGAGCAGCGCGGCUACUAUCGGGUCAAUUACGACAGCGACGGCUGGCGGGCGCUGAGUGAAGCCCUGCUGAAGGAGCACAAUGUACUGAAGCCCACCGACCGGUCCUCACUCAUCAACGACGCCUUCGCGCUGGCCGGCGCCGGCUACAUCACCUACGACGUGCCGCUGGAUAUGACGGCAUACCUGAGCCAGGAGCAGCACUACGUGCCGUGGCGGACCGCCGUCGACGAGCUGACCGACCUGAUGUCGGCGCUGCAGUUCACGGAGCUGUACGGCCACUUCAGGAAAUACAUCAUUGAAAUAGUGGAGCCCCACUUCGAGUCGCUCGGCUGGGAGGACAGUGGGAUCGCACCUGGAAAAGCGUAACCGGGUGCAGCUGCUGGCGCUGGCGUGCCGCGCCGGUCACACCGGCUGCCUGCAGGGCGCCGCUGACCGGCUGCGCAGCUGGCUGGCCGAUCCCGACCACUACAUCGCGCCCAACAUUCGCUCACUUGUCUACAAGUACGGCAUGCAACAGAUCAAUUCCGCGAACGCCUGGGAGACCAUGUGGAAGCGCUACAUUAACGAGAACAACGCCCAGGAGAAGAACAAGCUGACCAGCGGGCUGGCAGGCGGUCCGCCAGCCGUGGCUGCUGCACCGGCUGCUCCAGCUGGCCAAAAACGAGAGCUAUGUACGCUCGCAGGACUUCUUCAAGCUUUGCGCCAGGGUCAGCGCCAACCCGGCCGGCAACCCCAUCGUCUGGAACUAUUUGAGGUCUGAGUGGGAGUCUUACCUGGUGCCGCGCUUCACCCUGAACGAGCGCUACCUCGGCUUCCUGGUGCCCAAGAUCACCAAGCACUUCAACACGCCGCACCAGCUGCAGGAGGCGAAGGAUUUCUUCGCUCGAUACCCGGAGGCCGGCGCCGGGGAGCGCGCGCGCAAGGAGGCGCUCGAGACCAUCCAGGCCAACAUCAACUGGCUCAAGAACCACAAGCAAGAGCUGAAGAAGUGGCUCAAGUCCAGGAAGUCGGCUUCGCCUCAGCUGGGCUGAAGUGACCCGGGAUCGUGGCACGGCUGUUCAAGCUGCGGUUAUGGCUUUUGGAUAGACGUGCGGGUGAUGUGUGGAGUGAGUGGAACUGCAGAAGGUUACGGUGUGCGAAUGUGGAGGUCCCAUGUUCGCGUUGAGUGACGUCACGGCAACGUCUAGUGACAUCACACCAGCGUCAAGUGACGUCAUACCUGAACACCUUCAAUUUUAGUAACGUUGGUGUUGAUAACGUUGGCUCCUGGUCUUCAGGGCCCGGCUCAAUGGCGGUGGCCAACUGAUCAAGUAUGCAUUCCGUCCCUGAUCUUCAGCAUGGUGAAAUAUUCCCCUCACUAUUGUCGAGGUACAGAAAGCCAUUCGAGGAUCCUCAGAGUGCAGAAAGUGAUCCCCUGGAAGAAUCAUUGAUUCCCUGAAUUAGCCCUUGAUCCCCUGAUAAUGCGAGAAGAUAGUCCUCACAAACGACCUGGGUGAGGGACACCAUUCCGUCCCUGAUGGUCACAUGCAAGAAACCCGUUCGUCCCUGAUGGUCGCGGUGCGAGAAGCCAGUCCGCUCCUGAUGGUCAGUGUGCGAGAAGCCAGUCCGCUCUUGAUGGUCAGUGUGCGGGAAGCCAGUCCGCUCCUGAUGGUCAGUGUGCGGGAAGCCAGUCCGCUCCUGAUGGUCAGUGUGCGGGAAGCCAGUCCGCUCCUGAUGGUCAGUGUGCGGGAAGCCAGUCCGCUCCUGAUGGUCAGUGUGCGAGAAGCCAGUCCGCUCCUGAUGGUCAGUGUGCGGGAAGAAGUCCAUCUCGGAUGGCCACGGUGCGAUAAACUAGACCACCACCGAUCGUAUUUAUCAGCAGCGUGACCUUUUAAGGGCUGGCGGAAAGCGUUUCAUUGCAAAUCUGCAGCGGGUGAGGGUGUGAGCUGCGAUGUACCACAAAGCCGAAUGGCACCAGCCCGAUUAUGAUCAUGCAGACAUAUCCACGUUUAUCGCGCUACGGCCCGGAAUCUCAGCACAUUUGCAGCAGUGAUCGAGUACUGACAUGGACUGGCCAAGCCGCUCAAAGUGACUGGCGAUGGUCUGCAGUGGUUGUGCAGGUGCAAAGACUGGGUGUCACGUACCUGGCACUCGAGACGCAUCCAUUUGGAAUGGGACUGCACUUUGUGACGUGCCAAGCCUUUCAAGUGCCAUACUGUUUACGCCCUUGCUACGCGGCCAAGCAAGGUCCAGAAUAGCGCUAGUCUGUUGGUUUUAGUUUUCGACACCUGGAACGCCGGCAAAUGCUGUUUGUUUAUCCAACUGUGUGUGAAUCUAGUGAGCUCGUCGGAUCCAGAACUAGUUUGUCUUGUGUGUCGGCAAUUUGGGAAUAUAUGUAAAUGUGUGUCGU